AUGUCACCAAUCUACAUAUUCCAUAUCGCAUGGGCAUUGAAUUUUGCCGCUGAUCUUAUGAUAUUCUUUCUUCCUUUCCUCAUCUUACACAAGCUGCAGUUGAAGCGGAGCGUCAAGAUCAGCGUCUAUUGCACUUUUCUCUUAGGCAUCAUCAAUUUGGGAUUUUCCUUGACGCGCUUUUUAGUACUUCAAUUGGCGUUGACGACGUCUACUUUACUCCCUAACACACUGAUCCAGCUCUGGAGCGGGCUUGAUGUGAACGUUGGCUUAAUCAUUGCCUGCCUGCCGACGCUGCGACCAUACCUCUCGCAUGCAAGAAAGGCACGCCUUUCACAGUCGUCGAAUGGGGCUGAUAUUUCGAAGAGAUCUGCAGGAUGUUCCGAAGUUUCUGGGACGCCUAGACAAGCGGAGUUCAAUCCUAUUUGA